CUGAACUUCAUUGCAGAAAUAAAAGUUCCGAUUGGACCAGCAGAUGCAAUCGCCAACAUCUUCCUGUCUACUCUAGGACAACACUGUUUGGUUACCACCAAACAGGGUGAUAAUUACUAUGUUCAAGUAAAGUCUGGUACUGUUUACCCACUGAAAAAGAUCAAGGGCGUUUUGAGCAGUGUGGCAUGGAAUCCAGAAUGUAUCAAAGAAGGAGAAACAGGACACAUUUUGCUAGGGACAACGCAAGGAGCAGUUAUUGAGACCACGGUUUCCUCAACUGGUGUGGUCAGUUUUGCGAAGGAACACUCUGCCAGCUUUGGUAGCGAGAAAAACCUAUGUAUAUCUGAUCUUUAUUUAUAUAUGCUCAACGAUGAUAACCCGAAAGCGGCAAAGUGGUUGAUGUUAGUGUGCCAGCCGGGUCGGCUGCACUCCGUCUAUGCCUCUAUUGACAUGUCUCCUGCUCCUAAAAGUAAUUACAUUGGAGCGGCAAACUUACAAGCAGGAUGGAUUACAAUGCCAGAAACGCCUCCUCACAUAUUUCAUCCAUUUUUCUCAACGAAAGAAUCUCAACAGAUAUGUAUGUCAAUGCAGAACGCAGCGUCAUCACAAACUCUGCCGGACCUCAGUGCUCUUUUGGUGUAUCCUCCUCACGGAGAGGCGCAACGUUUCCUCUGGCUCGGUCCGGGUGGGAUAACAAUUGGGAAAAUCAAUCUCUUCGCGGACAAACCUCGAGACAUUGUUGAAGAAGAGGACCACAUGGAGCAUCGACGUUAUGAAGGUCGUCUCGAGCGUCCUACUGGAGUAUCGUUGACUGAAUAUCACAUGCUUUUAGCCUAUCCUAAUCGGCUUAAUGCUCUGUCGAUUUAUACGAAAACAGUGGUAUACGAGGAUGUCUGGCCAACGGAAUUCGGUAAUUCAGUCGGUCUGGUGUGUGAUCCAACAUCAGGAUUUCAAUGGCUCUUUACUAGUCAUGUGACCAUGAAAUACAAACCAGUAGAUGAGAACAGAUACGUGUGGAGAGUGUUUCUGGAACGUGGAGACUAUGCCAAAGCGCUUACGAUCGCCAGAAGCAGAUUAGAAAUCGACCCCGAAGCCCAUGAGUUGGUUCUGAAGCGGCAAGCAGAUAAAUACAUAGCCGAGAAAAAUUUUACGGCAGCUGCGGAGAUUCUCGCUCAGUCCACUGAGGCAUUCGAAGCAGUCGUCUUAAAGUUUAUGUCAGCUGAUGAUCCUAGACAUCUUGGAUUAAAAACGCUACUGGAGAAAAAACUGGAUGUAAUGUCGCGUCCUGAGGAUCGGUUACGUCGCGAAAUGUUAGUGAUAUGGCUCCUAGAAAUUCAGCUUGCUGAACUAGCGGAAGCACGCCGUGAAGGUCGUGACGAGGAAAGUUCUGAUCUCGCUACACAUUUGCAGCGAUUUCUCAUGAGAAAGAAUGUUCACGACAGCGUGGUUGUCAACAAAGAUGCUGUAUACAACCUUAUGGCGUCACAUGCUGAUUUUGACUCGCAGUUAUUCCUUGCUAAACAGAUCGGCGAUUUCGAUAGAGUUAUUGAAAUACAUCUGAUUAGGGAGCACUACAUGGAAGCACUUGAAAUCUUGAAAAGCCAGGCGAGUAACGUUCCGGAUUUAUAUUAUAACUACUCUCCCAAGUUGGUGAAACACAUAUCCAUGGAACUGUUCGCGUCUCUCAUUGGUAAUGAGCAAGUGCGACCACAGCGAAUGCUACCAACGCUGUGGCUUUGUCAAGAGUCAGUAGGAAUGGCAGCUCAUGCGCUGAAGUACCUCGAAUGGGCUGUAGAAACUCGGGAGACGUCUGGAGAUGUUGCUCUUCAUAAUCUUCUCCUUCUUUUGUACGCUCGAUUUCGGCCUAAGCGGCUACACGAAUAUCUGACAAAGUGCGGGUUCGACAAGACUGCUGUACCUUAUGAUCUUGAUUUUGCAUUGAGAACAUGCGAGCAAUACAAGCUGGAAAAGUCAACGGUGUUCUUAUACUGCGUCUCAGAGAUGUUCAGUGAUGCUGCGUUUCCUGAUAAUGGUGUUACGAUAGCGAAGGAAUGCGCGCAUAUGAUGGAUCCAGAUGAAGAGGAUACUAUCAUGGGACUAGAACCAAAAUUUUCUGUUGAAUAUAGAAGAAGGAUAUGGUUGAAAAUAGCAUCUUUCGUUAUCGGUAAAACUGAGAACGCAGCGGAAAGCUUAGCCUUGCUGAAGGAGUCAGGGGAUGUUCUUUCCAUUCAGGAUAUUCUACCGUUCUUCCCUGAUUUCACGGAAAUCAAAGACUUCAAAGAGCCGCUGUGUGAAUGUCUCAAGGAGCACUCAGUUAAAAUCCAGGAACUUCAACAGGCUAUGAAAGAUGCGACGGUCAUGGCGCAAGAGAUUCGAGAGAAGACUGAGCGACUUCGCGAUCGCGUGACCGUUGUCAAAGCUGGAGAUGUAUGCGCUAAAUGUGAGCGCUCGCUGAUUGGACGGCCUUUUCAUGCUCACCAUUGCCGACAUUUCUUCCAUCGAGAGUGUUUAGAGGAAGAAAUGAUGCCAUUUUUGAGUGAGGAACUAAAAGCUCGCCUCACCGACCUUGAAGCAACUGAGAAGCGGCUGUUUGCACAGCUUCAAGCUGCCGAUCGAGUCCCUGUAAACAGCGACAAAUUCUCCGAUGAAAGAAAAGCACGCUUCAUGAAAGUCACCUGCGAAAUCAAUGAAAUAAUCGGCACCCAAUGUCCACUAUGUGGCUUGACUGCUAUCGAAUUAAUCGAUAAACCUUUCUUCACGGAAGAACAGUUCGAAGCAGAUCAAGAGUCUUGGGAGUUUUAA